GAUCACUUCGGGUCACAAAUGAAAACAGAACUGAGCAGCAGCAGCAGAGAUGGAGUAUAGAAAUUGUUUUGAACGGCGCUCCCUGGCUCUGCUCCACAUCUCAUAAAUAAUAGCUCUCACCUCAUUUUAGCUACGAAGUGAAGCAAAAGCCAGCUGCCUGUGUCUUUCUUCACCAAACCUAAGAUUCUCUCUCGGAGAAGCAGGACUGAGCACACUGUUAUUAGCUGACUUUAUUGAGGCGAUACGUUUUCUUUCCUUUGGGCUGCGAUUUUUUUGCCACAGUUGCAGGAGCGUCUUGAAUGGGGAAGCUGAUCUCCAAAGGCCAACGCAAAAGAGAUGCUCGAGUUGUCAUGCUGGGGCUUGACUUUGCUGGCAAAUCAACCCUUCUGUACAAACUCAAGAGUGGCCGGGCUGUGGAGACCUGCCCGACGGUGGGCUUCAACGUGGAGUCCCUGCAAACACCCUGUCAUGUAUCCUUCACGCUCUGGGACGUUGGUGGACAAGGCAGCCUGCGGGCAAGCUGGCCUCACUACCUGGAGGACACCAGUACUCUAAUCUUCGUGCUCGACAGCACAGACACAGCCCGGCUGCCCGAAGCGAUGGCAGCACUGGAGGAAGCCCUGAGCCACCCCAGCAUGGCUGGCAUCCCCGUCCUCCUCCUGGCCAACAAGCAGGAGGUGCCAGGAGCGCUGGCUCCUGCCGAGCUGGGGGAGAGGCUGCGGCAGGGGCGGCUGGCAGGGCGCCGCUGGGUGCUCCAGGGCUGCAGUGCCUACACUGGCCAAGGCCUGAAGGAAGCCCUGGCCAUCUUGGGAGAGCUGCUACGCGGUCUGAAGCAGAGCUCCCCAUCCCAAGAGCAGCCCCUUGCAGGGCCGGCAGGGAGGAGGCAAGGUCCAGAGCAAACCUGAUCCUCAAGUGGACCCUUCCCACUCAUCGCUGCCAACAGGUUUGUCACAGAGGAUCCCAGCCUCCAGGUUCCCCCUAAAAUGAGCAGACCUGCAGCUGGCAUGUGCUGCGAAACACUCAGCUGCUCACCACUGAAACCCACCACAAAGACCUCCAAGCAAAACUCCCAUCGCGGAGCGUUUUUUGGCCCCAUCUCUUGGACUCUCAUCACCAGCUGCAGCUUGUCCUGCUGUCACCAGCUCUGCUCAUCCAUUUUGUGCAUGUUCAGUGCUUCAGCAGGGAUGCUUUUUGCCAGGGCAAUAUAAAUUAUAAGAGAGAUGUGCCCAAGGGACAGAAGAAGUUUUCUUUCUGCAGCUCCCAGCCCAGAUGCAGCUUUCCUGAUGGCGUGGUCCCCAGGGGGAUGUUUGAAUGUGUCUCCUGCCGCUUUUCUCUCAGCUCGAAUCAUACGUUCAUCCACUGGAAAAGCAGGCAGCCACUAAAAGGAAUGGCUGAACAGGAGCAGCGUAAGCGCAGGGCUUGAAAUGGCCAACAGCUAAUUGGUUUUAUUGCAGCAUCUAUGGGUAUAAACUUCAAGUCAUGGAAACAAGCCAGGAUUCGAUGGCAUAAUGCGGUUUGAGGAUGUGUAUGUAUUAAUUCCCACAUUUCUGGUUUUGGGUCUUUCCUUUCCAUUUGUUUUUUUUAUCAAAUACUGAUUUCAUGAAAAUGGUACCUCAUUUUCCUUGGAAUAUAUUUAAAUAUAAAGAAAACAAACCUAAUUUCCAGGAAGCUUGGAAAUGCAUCUGCAUGGCCAGUCAACCUCUGAAUAUCCUUAUGGUGGCCUGAACAGCCAAGACAAAGCCCCGACUCUCAGACUUUUUGAAACUGGAUGAGACGACUCUACAGGCAAUGUUUGGUACCUAUGGGCGCCUAUGGGCACAGGCAGGGAUCACUGCAGUGGGAGCUGCCUCCAGGUCCUGCUGACUCUUUCGACGGCACCAAGACACUUCAGUUAUCUUUCACACCAUUUAUGAGAGGACAUAGCUAAUUACUCAUUGAUUUAUUAACCUUUCUGUGGGAAUGAUUUUUAAAGCAGCUUCAACAAACCCUUUUCAUUACUAUGAACGCAGCACAGAUUUAUUUUUUAAUUCCUGAAAAGAAGGGUUUCAUCCACCUGCAGAGAGAAAGAAAGCAGCGAGCUGGUGAAAAACACAAGCAAUGGUAAAACCAUUGCAGGAAGGAUGAUUCACCUUUCCACCAGUCUCUUCACAACUUCCAUAGCUCAGUCCAUGACACAAAAUGCUUUCUACUCGUGCAUUAGCUGAUUUCUGCUCUAGGCACCAUUUCUUUGUUUUCAGAUGGACCUACAUGCUGCAGUUACUGAUGGGGCUUCUCUGACGAAUUUCGCCAUGGUUUUGCUGAAGGGCCGGAGAUCAGAGGGGAACCACACGGUCCCAGGGCUGCAGGCAAGGGCAGGAACGGUUGCCAAUGAACUAUUUAAAGAGGGUACGGGCAACCACGGGGUGCAUGAGAGGGAGCUGUGAGACCGGCUGUGGCGCAGGGAGAGGAGUGUUAGGGCAGUAGCCAGAGACCUGGGAAACACCUGGAGGAAGAAAGGUCAAUAAGAAUUUUUUAAAAUCCAAGAAGAGCUUUCUUUUUAAAUACAACAUGAAAAAGAAAAAGUUGCAAAAAAACCCUUUUGUUAGGAAACGGGCUGUAUAAUGCAGUGGAAUGUCUUCAUCGGUGCUUUAAUGCACCUAACAGCUGUAAAUUAAUUUCCUCCUCUUAAAAAAACUCUGAAAUACCACCUAUAAAGAUUCAUCACAUGUAACCCUCCAAGAAAAAAACAAGAAGCAAAACCACGUGUGACACCACCUCUCAAAAAAACUAAUACUGUUGCCAAAUUGUAUUAAACACCAAGCAUGCAAUUAUGACUGAGACAAAUGAUAAACUACAGUUCAAGGCGUUGCAGCCUUCAAAGGGUUAAUUAACUGGCCUUCAUCUAAACGUUCCAAUACUUGACUGUUUCAUGAUGCAUUUGCUUGAGCCACAGCCCUGAGCUUGCCAUCUGGGUAUCAUUAAAAAUACCAGGUGAAGGCUGGUGUUCGGGUUAGGAUCUCAGCAAUGCAUCCAUGGCUGGGAACAUAUCACACCCCCCCACCUCAUACUUCACACAAUGGGAUUUGUAUAAAAUUCAUGCAGAGAGGGGAAAAAAAAACCCCAACAAUAAAUUAGCCAACUGCUAUGAAAGGCAAUACCAACCUGGACGCGGCAAGCGCGUCCCCCUCUGCCCACGCCCCUGCCUGCCUCUCUGCGGCCGGACCAGAAGCAUGAACCUCUGCUCCAACCCAGUCCGACACCCGUCACCUCCAAAGCUCUAGUGCUUUACAUCAAUCCGGCACCAUCAACAUCUUGGCCGCUAAUUGCCAUGAGAAACAAUCUCCUGAAGCUAAUAAAGUGUUCUUAAAUUCUC